AUGGAAUGGGUGUCCGAGUUCCGUGACGCCUCAAACUGCAACGCUCUCCCUCUUCUUGACCUCCGCCCGGCAGACGCCUUCUCCGCUUGGCACGUCGUGAACGCCACGCACUUUGACGGCGUCGACGGGCCGGAUGGUCUUCUCUCGCGUCUGAACGAGCUACCGCCGCCCUCGAAAAAGGAGCGAAUAGGAGUGCUGGCCUCGUCACCAGAGCAGGCCUGUCAAGCGGCGGCGGGGCUCGAGGCGCGCGGCCAUCAGUGCCCUGUUUCGCUCGAAGAGUCUCUCCUCCGCACCCUACCGUCUGCAACUGGAAGAAAGAGUCGCGCAUUGUGGUCGCCGGCCCCAGUGCUUGUGGAAGAGCUUCCGCGCGUGCUCGCAAGUAUCGGAGACGUGCGGACUGCCCUGGACGUGGGGUCCGGCUCCGGUCGUGAUAGCGCGUAUUUGGCGGCGGCAGGGUUCAGAGUCACUGCCGUUGACCGUGACCGGGCGUUGCUGGCAAUGGCUGAGCGGUUUGGAAACCGCGAGGCUAAGGAAGGGGGUAGUGUGUGCACGGUUGUGCGCACGCUUGGCGCUCAUCUCAGUGAGGACAGGGAAUGGCUUAGGAAAAACAGAUCUAAAUUGCUUCUCGUGGUGCGGUUUCUGAGGAGAGGGGUGUUGGAGUUGUUACAUGAGGCAGUGGCGGAAGGUGGCUUUGCCAUUUAUGAACACUUUUUAAAGGGAUGUGAAAAGUUUGGAGGGCCGAAAAAGGACAGUCAGAUGUUGACGCCAGGCGAACUGAGGAACGUUUUCUCAGAGCAAAGAGGCUUCCAAGUUCUGCGCGAGAGCGAAGAGACAAUCUCUGACGGACGCCCGGUUACCCGCUUCGUAGCGUACCGUGCUCGCAGAACAAGCAAAACCUGA